CAGGGCUGGCUCCUCGGCCAAUGGGAAGGCCAAGCAGAUCGAGUGUCACUAUAACAGAAGGACAUAAUCAGCGCGGUAAGUUUGCAGAACCUUACAGCCUGUCGCGGCCAGCAGGGAUCUCACUUCUUUCAGCUUUUCUGAGGUUGCAAAGUCCACUGUCACCAUGUCUGACACAGAGGAAGUUGAACAGGUCGAGGAAUACGAUGCUGUAGAAGAGGAGGUAGUAGAGGAAGUAGAGGUGGCCCCUGAGGCGGCCCCUGAGGCAGAACCAGAACCAGAACCAGAGCCAGAACCAGAACCAGUGGUAGAACCAGAGCCAGAACCAGAGCCUGAGCCUGAGCCUGAAGAGGCUGUUGAAGAGGAAGAGGAGAAGCCAAAGUUCAAGCCCAGCGCUCCAAAGAUCCCAGAUGGUGAGAAAGUGGACUUUGAUGACAUCCAGAAGAAACGUCAGAACAAGGACCUGGUCGAGCUGCAGGGCCUGAUUGAUGCUCACUUCGAGUGCAGGAAGAAGGAGGAGGAGGAGCUGAUUGCCCUCAAGGACAGGAUUGAGAAGCGUCGUGCUGAGAGGGCCGAGCAGCAGAGGGUCCGCACUGAGAAGGAAAAGGAGCGCCAGGCCAGACGUGAGGAGGAGAGGCGGAUCAGAGAGGAGUCCGACGCCAAGAAGAAGGCAGAUGACGAGGCCAAGAAAAAGUCAGCUCUGUCCAGCAUGGGCUCCAACUACAGCAGUCACCUGCAGAGAGCUGACCAGAAGAGAGGUGGAAAGAAAGAGACUGAGAGAGAGAAGAAGAAGAAGAUCCUGGCUGCUAGGCGUAAGCAACUCAACAUCGACCAUCUGAACGAAGACAAGCUGAAGGAUAAGAUCACUGAGCUGCACGAAUGGAUGACCCAGCUCGAGUCUGAGAAGUUUGACCACAUGGAGAGACUGAAGAGGCAGAAGUACGAGGUUACGACCCUGCGUAAGCGAGUGGAGGAGCUCAGUAAAUUGUUCUCAUGUUUAGGAAGCGCAUUGACAAGUUGCAGAAGCACAGCAAGAAGGGAGCCGCUGCCCGCCGCAGAAAGUAAACGGGCUAGCCUCGUUGCUGCUCAGAAACCAAACUGCGAUCGACUCGGACACACGCCUGAUGAAGAAACGCACACAAUGGCGAAGGUCGUAGCUCAGAAGAAGCAACUGAUGCUGAGGUUUACCCUGAAGUUACCAACUCACGUCAUCAUACAUGCAACCAGGAGCCUUUAGCUGCUGUUCAAUAGGAAUAAAAAGUACUAAAACUGAUUCGCUUUCUCGCUUCCUCACAAUCGACUGUUUGGUUCUCAGUAUUUUUGUAAAUAAAGUGUGACUCUUCAA